AUGCGUUCAUUUUCAUGGUUACGUUUUCUAUUCCUCUCACGUCAUAGAAAUCAGCUACGACGUUUUAUUUCAGUAUUUAAUACACGUACUACAUUUUACAAUGGAAUUUAUCGUCAUGCGCCUAUUCCAAUUCUAAUCUCAUUUCCAUUAUGGUUUAUUGUUCGUGCGGCAACUCAAACUGAAGAUGCUAAGGAAUCAAAUCGACCAAAAAAUCUUGCAACUAUUGUUGAACAAUUAGAUACAAUGGUUGAUAAAGAAGAAUAUCAACAAGCAUAUGAAUAUAUAGAAAAAAAUAAAACAAAUGAAUUAUUUCAAAGUCAUUAUAUUAGAUGGAGAAUAGCGAGAAUAUUUUAUAAACUUUCAUUAAUAACCAAAGAUAAACAAUUAAAAAAGAAAUUAGUUGAAGAUGGUUAUGAACAAGCUAAGCUUGCUCUUGAUCAUGGUAAUCAUAUUUAUUCUGUUCAUAAAUGGUAUGGAAUUUUACUCAAUGAAAAAUGUCAAUAUACUAGUACAGAUGAACAAAUUCGAAGUGCAUAUGAAGUUCUUGAUCAUUUCGAAGAAGCUGUUCGAUUAAAUCCACAAGAUGCAACUUGUUAUUAUCUAUUAGGUUCAUGGUAUUGGGAAGUUGCAAAAUUAUCUAGUUGGAAACGAAGUAUAGCAAAAAUGAUUUAUGGUGAAUUACCUCGAGGAACCGUUCAUGAUGCAUUAAAAAAAUUUUUAUUAGCAGAAGAAAUAUCACCUGGUUUUUAUAGUAAAAAUUUAUUGAUGCUUAUUAAAUGUUAUACUGAACUUCAUUCUCGUCCAGCAGCUAUGGAAUAUGCUAAAAUAUUAUUAGAACGUGAAAGAAAAACACAAGAAGAUGAAGAAGUCUAUCAAGAAUUAAUUAAACUUAUUCCAAAAAUUGAACGUCUUGUGCCAUUUGCACCACAAGGAAAAAUGUAA